UUUGCGCAGGCUGGUCUUGACCUACAAAUAGCCGUGGUACAGACGGCAUACGCUAACGGCAUCUCUACACGCUACCUGGAAGACACCAUGAAGGUGAUAGUGCGGUGUACCAAGACCGGAGUGAAACACCUUCACCAUGCAGCCCAGGAGUUUGACAUUGGUGUUUACUUCGAGGCCAACGCCCACGGGACUGUCUUAUUCAGUAAAGAAGCAGAAGAGAAUAUCCAGCAGCUAGCCCGGGACUCCAACACCAACGACGAGAGGGAAAACGCUGCACUGCUACUGCAGAACACGGUCAACCUCCUCAACCAGACCGUAGGAGAUGCUAUCUCUGACAUGCUACUGAUUGAGGCGGUGUUAACCAUCAGAGGGAUGACCGUACAACAAUGGGACGCCAUCUACACAGACCUGCCCAACAGACAGCUCAAAGUCAAGGUGGCAGACCGGCGUGUGAUUGACACUACAGAUGCAGAGAGGAGAACAGUGAGUCCAGCAGGUCUGCAGGAGGCCAUAGACAGCCUGGUGCAUAAGCACAGACAGGCACGCUCCUUUGUCCGCCCCUCAGGUACUGAGGAUGUGGUCCGAGUGUACGCCGAGGCAGACACACAGGUGGGACUUAGACGCUGACACUCAAACCUACUUGAACAGAAAAAAACACUGAGCGAUAGGGAUUCACUCAAUUCACAUUUCUUUGUUCACUCACUAUGCCUUUACCUUUCUUUACUCUUUAUUUUUCUGUUCUCUCACUGUCUGAGGGUGAUGUGUGUUUCAGGAGAGUGCUGAUGCCCUGGCACAUGAAGUUAGCCUGGCAGUGUACCGCAUCGUAGGAGGAGUGGGAGAGGAGCCCAAACCUUUAUAAACAGGCAUUAUGCAAUGUCUGUCGAACACAUUUUUUUAAUCGUGCAUCUAAUGACAACUUCCUCAACCCAUGAUUCUACGUCAAAUUUGUAGUCUUUAUCAGGUGCCAAAUCAUUUUAUAAUGUGCACUGCAUUUAAUACUGUGUUAUCACUUUUCUACGAGUCUGAACAAUUUGAUUUGUCAAUGUGAAUGAAAGGGAAUCACUGUAUUGGACAAUGAAGGGAAAAUAUGCUAAAUAAGGUUAGACUUGUAAUCCUCUUCUUUUUUUUACCCAACCUUAAUCCUCUGUCAAUGUAGUGGUACAUGUUUACAUUAGCAGUUAUUGUAGAUCAAUUUUGUAUUACUGUUUUAUAGUGGAGUAAUUGCACUGCUUUGAACGGACCUCAACUACAAAGACUGCUGCUAUGACUGUCGGCGUUACUCUGGACCCUGAUCUCUCUUUUGAAGAACAUAUCAAGAGCUUUUUCCAUCUACGUAACAUUGCAAAAAUCAGAAACUUUCUGUCCAAACAUG